UUGAGGGUUGAUGAAUAUACUGGGGUUAUUUGUACAUUACCUGGCUAUCAAUAACUGCAUCAUGAAGUCAUUUUAGGGUGGAAAAACAUGACUGAGAAUCACAAGAUGUAUUUCGUAAUCUACAAGGCGUUCGGUGCAUGAGCAAGGAGAAAAAUUGUACUAUUUAUUUUCAAAACUGCAAUAAUUUACAAAUUGAUCAGACAUGUAUGGAAAUGAGAGUAAUGCUGAGAGACAUGAAGAUAAAGGAGGCUUUACAGAGCUCUGGAGUAGGUGGAAGCGCAGAGUCUUGACAAAAGAUCCCGCCAGCUUGGUAGUAGCUGCACCAGACGCACGGAAGGAUACCAAGCGAUCUCAGCUUGAUACAGAGACAUCGUCACAUGGGAAAGAGAGAAGAGGUCAAACUGUUUCUUAUGGAAGUGAUACUUUGAGGCAGAGGUCUCCACAGUUAGGGACUAAAUUGAGAAGUCAUUCAAAUGUUGAAUAUUCUGUUCCGUUUGAUUUACAGAAUGAAGAUGUGAAUGCUACAAGGGUUGACGAAAAUACAAUUAAUUCUGCAAAGGAUGAUGAAAUAAGGGAGACUAUCUCUCAGUCUGGCAGUGGUGAAUCUCUUGCUAACAGUGGUGACAAAGAUUGUGAUCAAACAUGUUCUAAUCUUGGUGACGCCAAUAACUUUGUGAAGGACGGACCAAGCAAAACAUCUGAAUCCUCUCUAUCUUCAUCCCCUAGCAUUGAUGCCAAGGAAUUUCCGAAGGAGGAAACAAGCAAAGACUCUGCAUCAUUCCCUUCAUCUUCAUCCCCUAGCCUCCAGCAAGCGGGUGUCCAAGUUUUAAGAGGGGAGGAGCAAACUGAGAAACCAGAAAUGAAUUUCAGGAACCAGUUCUCUCAGCUGAGGAACAGACAUGGCCAGGAGAGCAAGGCAGAGACCAAGGUCAAUCCCAAGACAGGCACUUCUUCUGUUGUAGAUGAUGACUGGACAGAUAUUCCGCCCAUGGAUGUGGUUUCCAUGGCAUCCUCUCUGGGUGAUGUCACCAGCUCGUCAGCAGAAGAGAUGGCUUCUGGGUCUUCUCGGAGUAAAGCCACCUCAAAAUCUAGUCUUGAAGAUUCUUCCCUUGGGAGUGGUCAAGAGUCAGGCCAAUCUCAUCCCAGAUCAUCAGACAAAGAGUGGAGCAGUGAUCAGAAGAGUGUGUAUGAGAUGCAGCUUGAGAACCUGCAGGAACAGCUGGUCGAUAUUAUGAUCGAAAACCAAACACUAGCUCAAAAGCUGCAAAAGUAUGAGAACAGUGAUGUCAUUCCUCUCUUGAAGAGACUUGAAGAUGAAAGAGAGACCAAUUCGAACCUGACAAAGAGAUGUGAAACUUUGGAGGAUCGCAUGAAGCAUAAUAGGUCCAUGCGUCAAGUCUCUGUUGAUGCUGAAAGCAUUGGGAAUGAAGGAACAGAUCCUGCAGCGUCUGCUUCAUUACAAGAUGAUGUGGAUGGACCACCCGCUACCAGGUGGGAGAGGUUUCAGAACAAUAUGUUGGAUCGCGUCUUCUCUGUCCUUGCCGACUUCACAGAGGAGGGAGAGGAGAGCGAUAGCGACGCCCCUACAGAGGGCGAUGAACUUACAGUCAAGAAAUUGAAGGAGAAUUUAAAACGAUUCCAAGCCGGAUACGAGCCUGGACUCCUAUUUUGUAAAGCAAUAUCUGCCCUUGUGUCCUGGAAAUCAGCUUCAAACACUUUCCUCGCAUUCGUUUUGUACAUGUAUGUGGUAUGGAGAGGCUGGAGUGCUACAGUACUGCUUGGAUUAUUGCUAUGGUACCUUACUACUACCUACUUCAUCUCGAGGGGCUGGACUAUUCAAUUUUCACUUCUUCCAUAUCAUCUAGUGGAAGUGACACCCGAUGAAAGGCCCCCUCUGUCUAUGUCAGACAGGUUUCAGCUGGUGUUACAUGUCAGUAGGAGAGUACAGAAUAUCUUGGGUAGUUUGGCUGAUCAGAUGGAAAAGAUACAUAACUUCUUGUAUUGGACAAAUCCUGCUCUGACAAAGAAGCUGUAUACCAAUCUAAUGGUUGCGUUUGUAGCUUCAUUAUUUAUAUCAGGGUCUACCCUACUCACAAUGCUUGGUCUAAUUCUUGGUGUGAAGAUAUUCCUCGUCAAUUGGGUGCUAAAGAAAUAUCCUCGUCUGAAGGCCAAGUACAGUUUUGAGGAGAAGAUAUUCAAGGAAGUACCAACAGCUGCAGAACUUGAACAUAGACGUGCAAUUGAAGAAACCCAGCAGUUCCUAGUCCCAGAUAUUGAGGGUAUAACUAUCCGGUUCAAUGGAGAAGAGACACAGGACCCAGAACCUGCAAGUAAGAGGUUCAAAGCAUUUGCAGAGACAUUCAAUGUGCCUGAAUCUGAACAACCCCUACCAGGAUGGAAGGAGGGCAAGCGCUGUACAUUGAUCAGCAAGAAUACUGUUACAGGAGCUUUCAAGAAUGGCAGAUUUUAUCUUACAAAGAGUUUCCUAUGCUUUGAGAAGUCUAGAUUGACCAAAGAAGGCAACAUGCUGAUACCCCUGAAAGACAUCCUUAGAAUUGAAAAGGCCAAACCUUUUAACUUCCUACCAGGUAAUGGCAUGUCCAUAGAGAUCCACCUCUCCUCAGCAGACAAACCGGUGCUGUUUGGCGGCAUGCUCCGACGGAAUCUGAUCUACGACCAGCUGGUGGAGACGUGGCAGGCAGCCCAAAGAGCCAUCCAGCAUCAUAACAGCUCGUCAAACAUGGAAGCCAGCACAUCAUCUCACGGGGAAGUUAAGAGCAGAGCCGGUAGUCAGAGAGAAGCAUCUGUAUCAUCGCAUGAUGAGGCAGGAGACGGAAGCGACUCUGAAAAUGAUUAGUGAUGUGGACAUUUUUCUUUUUUAGAUGAUAUUAAAUGAACAAAACAAAGAACAUUAACCUAGGAUGUGGACAAAAGUGAAGCACAUGCAUCGCUCAUGGAAGCCAAAGAAAAAUCAUCCUAGGCUUUUUAAGAUUAUAUUAAAUUAACAAGACAAAGAACAACCCAGGAUGUGGACAAAAGUGAAGCACAUCUCUCAUGGAAGCCAAAGAAAACGCAUCCCAGGGAGAAGUUGAGAGCAGAGCUGGUAGUCGUAGACAUGCAGCCGCAUCACUAGAUGAAGCAGGAGACGUACGGUACUAACUCAGAGACUGAGCAGUAAUUUUGAGACUUUACUUUGAUUAAAGAGUGAUUAUGAAAGUGAGAUUGAAUGAACAAGACUAUAAAGAUGACUAAUGAUGGGGACAAGAGUAAAGCUCACUGUACGUUGAGGCCACGGCCAUUUUAGGACCAACAUGUUUUAUGUAUCAAAAGCAGCUGUGACGUUUAUAUUAGGAAUCCCGACCUCUACGACAAAGUAAACCACAAUGGUGACUGCUCAUUUAAGUAGAGACCAUGCGCAUGGAUGGUAGCAAGUGGUUCAACCUGCAAUUUAAUAAAUAUAUAAAACAAUCAAUUGUCUAGUAGAACAAAUAUAGAUGCAAUAUUCAAUUCAACAAUGUUGGGCUCAUGAAAAACAGGAUGAUAUGUCCAGAGUUCAAAAUCUCCCCCUGUACUUCCACAUGUGGAAAUAUGUGCUGCAAAUAAAUAGCGCCCUCAUAGGGUCAAUUGCUUCUAACGUCACAGUUAAUAAUUUUCAUACUUAAGCAAAAAAAUCUAUAUCCACUAUUUCCUUGAACAUGAUGUAUGUUUGUCUAUUUACAUAUUUACUAUUUACUAUUGUAGAAAUCCAGAGAGAGUACUAUUUGCAUUUAGCUGAGUUAUUUGCAACUGGUAUUUGAAGCAAUAUGUACUGUGUAGUAAAUUAGAAAUAUGUUAUUUUUUAUCUAUGCAGUCUUGACUUUUGAUACUCCUAUAAUUACUGUAUAUUUGUGACUGAUCAAAUAUCUAAUCUUGAUGCAAUUGAAUAAAUGAAAUACACUUUAUCAAAAUUGAAUUUCAUUCGAAUGCUGUUUAGUAGAUAUAGAAUUGUUAACAGUUUUUAUGUAGACUUUCAUAUGAGCAAUUUCUAGACAAUUCAUAAUAUUUUCAACUAAAUUUUGAAGAAAAUAAUGAUGUGUAGUUUCUAGUUACAAUACGCCUCUAUGUUACAGUUAUUAGUGUCAGAGUAUAAUUCUGCACUAUCUCUUAGGGAAUCAACAACAUAAUUAAUGUUUCUUUUUUUACACUUUUCAAGACUUAGAUGAACUACUUAGUGGUUUUACUGAAAUGGAGAAGUUUCUCCCCAAAACACACUAUUGUGUAGGUUUUGAAAAUACUUGAUGCCAGCCAUUCAGUGCUUUCAGGUGUUGUUUGUGCUUGAUAUGGUAUGCUUGAUAUGGUAUGCAGCUUAAAAAACAAGUGGUCGUGCUCAUAGUUAAAGUGAAAUCAGUUUCACUCUUUAAAGCAAGCUGUGAAAUAUUUACAGUAAUUUAGUUUGAACCCAAGUUCUAAUUCAUUGCUUGAAAGCACACAUUAAAUGAAAUGAUGUAUAUGACACCUAUAUAUUGUCCAUUUUUCUUCCAUUCCAUUUUGAAAUAUAAAUGACUUGCUUUCUUUAUUUUUUGUUUUUAAUAUUUUGCUGUACCGGUAUGUAAUAUCAUUAUGUGCGAAACUUUUUCGUUUAUUUGCCUUUAAUUUUGUAAUGCAUUGUAUGUAUAUUUAUGAUUCAUAUCUUGCUAUUUCUCUGAAAUGUUGAUUUUCUUUCUUUUUUGUUGUUGUAUCUACCAAAGAAACUAACUUGGUGGUAUUUUGAAAAUGAUUUCAUCUUUCGUUACGGUUUGAACAGAUGUCUUUAAGAAUCAUUCAUGUAAGCAUUCACUUAUGGACAGUCAUUUACAGUGAGGCAUCAUAUCUUUUAUUUAUUAUACAUUUUGUUAAAUACUUCUCAAUAAACUUGAAUACAAAAUAGUUUUCAGAAUACCACUCCUGGUUUACAUUUAGAUAAUUGUAUAUGUGCUUUGCAUUAAUACACUUAAGAUUUUUGUACUGAAUGUGUCUUUUUUAUGGUAAACUGAUGGUACAUUAUUGCCUUUAUAAUAGGCUUUGUCUGUGUUUGAGACCAAAUAUAAUGUGGAAUUGAUAGUUCGAAGAUAAUAAAAUAGAUUUUGUAUUAUGCUCAACAGUGACUAAUAUUUUUCAAUUAAAUCAUGCAUCUUGACAGUAUUGAUAA